AUGGAGCACAAGACACAGCCAGUGACAAUGAAAAAGCAUUACUGUCCCUGCUGUGACAUCAAGUAUUACACAUUAGUCACAAUCCCUGCUGGAGCAAGAAGCAUUAAUGUGUAUGAGAUGAAUGUAUCCAACUCCUAUAUUGCCGUUCGCACUUCCAGUAAAAAGUACCACCUCAAUGGUUAUUGGACUGUUGACUGGCCUGGGAAAUACAAAUUUGCUGGCACUCUGUUUGUCUAUCAAAGACCAUAUAACCACCCAGAGAUAUUAAGUGCUUCUGGACCUACAAAUGAGAGCAUUACAAUACAGCUUCUGUCACAAGGUAAAAAUCUAGGAAUUGCAUGGGAAUAUUCUCUUCCUAAAGUGGAAACCAAAAGAACACAUGUAUUAAAACAUAACUAUACGUGGGCCAUCAUCCGUCCUAAAUGCUCAGUCUCAUGUGGAGCAG